CAGACAUUUGAUUCUCUCUAUACAUUAUCUUGGUUCCAACUGAGCAUAACCAUUGAGAGAAAAUUAAUUUUCUUUAUUUUUUUUUCUAUUUGUGUUUAAUUAAUUGUUUCUUUUUUUUUGUUAUUAAUUAGAUUGUUGGUGAUCGUUUGAAAAUGUAUUUCUCUAAAUUAACCAAGAGUUUGAUUUCUUUUUCUAAUGUAAAUUGUUUCAAUUUAAUGUCAACAACAAAAUGGAUCAAUGUUUUGUCCAAUCAACCGGCAUUUUCUAAUUGUUUGGCUUCUUCAAAUCAAUUGAGAAAAUUAAGUCUUUCUGUUAAUCGAUUUUCAGACCGAAGGUAUCAUGAUAAACAUGAAUGGGUAACAAUUAGUGACAAUGUUGCGACUGUUGGUAUAUCUGAUUAUGCUCAAAAAGCUUUAGGUGAUAUUGUUUUUGCUGAAUUACCUGAAAUUGGUCGAGAGGUUGAAAAAGAUGAUGAGGUUGGUUGUGUUGAGAGCACGAAAUCAGCCAAUGACAUUUAUUCACCACUUCGAGGUGAAGUUGUUGCCGUUAACGAGAAACUUGAAUCGGAACCACAUUUACUAAACACAUCUCCAUAUGACCAAGGUUGGAUUUAUAAGAUGAAAGUUCCAAAUGAAGAAGAGUUUUCAAGAUUAAUGGAUGAGAAACAAUACGAAAAUUUUAUAAAGAUACAACAAGCGGGUGGAUCUGAGAAUUGACGAGCCAACGAUGAAUUUUGGAAACAUCUCCUUUUUUUGGAAUUUAUAAUAGAUGGAAAUUUAUUAGUGAAUUUGAUUGAUUAAAAAUCAUUCGAAAAAUUCAA